CAGGAAAGUUGAACCAAAAACCAUGAACUUUUCAUGAAGGGCAUGAUUUCAACGCAGCAUCAACUACACAGCCCACAUGAGUUCUGUACUUACUGUUACUUGGGCAGUAACUGUCUAUUUUGGUCCCCAGCAACAGCUAUAAAAAAUUGACUAUUCACAACAAGAGAAGACAGAGAAAGAAACAUCACCAAGUAUCAAAGUCUCUCCCUUGUAAUCUAAGAUGCGUAGAAGGCGGCAAAUUCUUGCAGCAGCAGUUCUCCCACUUCUCAUCCUAGCUCUUUUCUUCAUCGUCUAUGUCUUCUUCAACAUCCGACAACAGAGUAGUCAUUAUUAUGACUACGUAAUGAAAGCUGACGAUGAUGUUUACCUGAGGCUAAAGCCAUUGGCAAUGUCGUUGGACUCACUGCCGAGACAUGAUCUGUACUAUGGUUUCGUCAUCCCUUGCAGCAGCAUGAACCCGUUUGUGGAGUACAUGUCAGGAAUGGGAUACUUGCUGUCGUGGGACCUCGUUGAAUGGAUUGCCAGCUCCAGGAUUCCCGCCAAUGACACUGUUGGACCGGAAGAUAAGUUAGUAGGGAAAUGGUUGAAUAUUGGAGGGAAAGCCAAGAACCGGGUUUCGAAUAAGCCAGCAAUGUACGACUAUCCAGGCACCAACGGAAGGUGUUCCCACGAGCUUAUACCGGAGACCAUUGCAGUUCACCGGCUCAAGAGCUGGGAUCAAUGGCUUCAUGUUCUCGAGUUCUUCAAUGUAACAGCAGAGCUCGAGGUGUCCAACCUGUAUCAUUUGGAGUGAGGCAUUGUCCAACCCCUUCCAUAUGACAGAAGUCAGACAGGAUGAACAGUUUGAUUAAAUUCUCAAGCAACGAGAGGACGAAGAUCAUCAUCAACUGACUGCUGGGAAAUAUUGGAGGAUGCUGCUGCACAAAGGCAUGGAGUUGAAGUAAUUGUAUUCAGUAAGAAUUGUUAUCUACUGGGAAGCUGCAAUGCUUGUACUUGAACCCUAACCAUGGAUCACCAGUUACUAAAAGAAGUUUCAUAAACUCGUCCAAUUCUUUCUUCAUCAUUAUCAGAGAACAAAGACUUUUUCUCCUAAUUCUACAGCACAAUAAAAAUGAAAAUUGCUC